AUGCCUGAGCCAGACAAGCACGCUGCCGCGCAGCAAGCCGUGGAUAUCCUCCACGAGAUCUCCACCAUUCUCAACUGCCAUCUUGAUCGCCGCACCUUGUCUAUCUGCAUCUCUAUGAUUGAGCGCGGUGUGAAUCCGGAGGCUCUCGCGCAAGUCAUCAAGGAGCUCCGGCAAGAGGCCCAACAGGUUGAACAGCCCAUGUCAGCGUCAACCCGAAGACGCUAA